UAAUACAAAUUCCGUUUUUGUGAGAGAGUGAGCAUAGGAAAUGGCGAUGGAUGAAGAAGAAGCUCUCUCCUCUUCCUCAGCUCACAACUUUCUUGUUCCAUACCAUUCAUAAUUCUUUCUCUCUCUGUAUAUUUUCUCUCUCUAGAUCUGUGAAACCCAUAAACCCGUUGGAUUUCUAGCAAAUGAAAGCAUGUGCUGUGUACCGGAACAAUUAAAACCCAGAUUGUUUCCAACUCCACCUUCCUCCUUUGCCUUUGACAGAGUAGAACUACUAAGAUGGACAUGAAUCACUUGAGUAUCGAGGCUGAAGAUGCUUUUGUGAGUUUGCUUGAACUCGCUGCUAAUAAUGACAUUGAAGGCUUCAAACGAUUGGUUGAGUGUGAUCCAUCUGGUAUUCAUGAGAUCGGAUUAUGGUAUGGCCGCCAAAAGUGCUCAAAGCAAAUGGUCCUUGAGCAUAGAACCCCUUUGAUGGUUGCGGCUACAUAUGGUAGUAUUGAUGUUUUGAAACUGAUUCUUUCUCUAUCCGAUGCUGAUGUGAAUAGGUCAUGUGGCCUUGAUAAAAGCACUGCCCUGCAUUGUGCAGCGUCUGGUGGUUCAGUGAAUGUCGUCGAUGUUGUGAAACUGCUUUUAGCAGUUGGUGCUGAUCCAAGUUUGGUAGAUGCCAAUGGUUGUAGGCCUGUUGAUGUUAUUGUCGUCUCUCCAAAGUCCAAAGAUCUGAAGCACACCCUUGAAGAACUUCUCGAAACAAAUGGUCCCAGCACGGAGUGUAAUCUGAGGGUGUCCAUGGCAACUUUGAAUUCAAAUUCUCCACCACUUUCACCAUCUCCAGAACAUAGAUCCUCACCAUCUGCUACAGAUUCAACUUCUUCACCAAAGAGCUUGAAGGUCAAUGACCUCCCAUUUUCUUCUGCUUCAGACAAGAAAGAGUAUCCUGUUGACCCAUCAUUGCCUGAUAUCAAGAACAGCAUCUAUUCAACAGAUGAGUUCCGAAUGUUUUCUUUCAAGGUCCGGCCUUGUUCUCGUGCAUACUCCCAUGAUUGGACCGAGUGCCCUUUUGUUCAUCCUGGAGAAAAUGCUCGAAGAAGGGAUCCAAGGAAGUACCAUUACAGUUGUGUUCCUUGCCCUGAUUUCCGAAAGGGAGCUUGUAGACGUGGAGAUAUGUGCGAAUAUGCACAUGGGGUUUUUGAGUGCUGGCUCCAUCCAGCUCAAUACAGAACCAGAAUUUGCAAAGAUGGUACAAAUUGCAAUAGAAGAGUAUGCUUCUUUGCCCACACACCUGAUGAAUUACGACCGUUGUAUGUCGCCACUGGUUCUGCUGUUCCCUCCCCUCGCUCGAGUUCAUCUGGUAUGAAUGCUGUGGAUUUUGCUGCAGCCAUGAGUCUGUUGCCGGGCUCUCCCUCAUCAGUUUCUAUAUUGUCCCCUUCACCAUUCACUCCACCCAUGUCUCCAUCAGCCAACAACAUUUCCAACAUGGGUUGGCCGCAACCAAAUGUCCCAACAUUGCAUCUCCCAGGAAGCAAUCUCCAGUCCAGUCGCUUGCGAUCAUCUCUUAAUGCGAGAGAUGUUCCAGCAGAUGAGGUGAAUUUGUUGCCGGAUUUUGAUGUGCAACAGCAGCAGCUUCUGAAUGAACUAUCCCGCCUUACUCAACCAAGCAUCAGCAGUACUAAUUCCUUGAACCGCUCCGUCUCUUCAAAAACAGUAACCCCUUCAAACCUAGAGGAUCUUUUCUCUGCCGAGAGCUCUUCUCAAUGGUAUUCUGAUCAAGCCUUGGCUUCAGCUGUUUUCUCCCCAACGCCCAAAUCAGCAGUUCUCAAUCAGUUUCAGCAGCAGCAGGGAAUGUUAUCUCCAAUUAACACAAAUUUCCCACCAAAAAGUGUUGAGCACCCUCUACUACAGGCCUCUUAUGGUGGUCCAUCUUCAGGGAGGAUGUCUCCCCGAAAUGUUGAACCUAUCUCGCCAAUGAGCUCCCGGGUUUCCAUGUUUGCUCAACGUGAGAAGCAACAGUUCCGCAGCCUUAGCUCGCGUGAUCUUGGCUCCAAUUCUGCUGCCAAUAUUGGCUCCUCCAUUGACCCUUGGUCAAAGUGGGGUUCCUCCAAUGGGAAGCCAGACUGGGCCAAUAAUACUGAAGAAUUUGGUAGGCUUCGUAGAUCAUCAUCAUUUGAGUUUGGGAACAAUGGAGAAGAGCCUGAUCUGUCAUGGGUUCAGUCACUUGUCAAGGAAUCUCCACAAGAGAUAAAGGAAAACUCGGCAAUGCCUGUCUCAGUUGCAGCGGCUGCUGCUGCAUCUUCUUCUAGCGAGGGCUCAAAUUUGAAUUCCGGGAUUGAACCAGUUGAUCAAACAGUUUUGGGUGCAUGGCUUGAGCAAAUGCAGCUUGACCAGCUCAUGGCUCAGUAGAACCUUAAUCAUUUUUUUUACGGAGCCUUGUGAUCGCGAAAAUAGCGGUUUUGGUAAAUAACAGAUGUUUCUUUUAUUUUUGGUUUGUUGGUGGUUGAUGAGGAAGAAGGUAACAGUAACAUGAGAGGAAAGCAAGGAAGAAAAGGAGGUCACAUAUUCAGAAGAAAAGUCAUUUUUUGUUGUUUAUUAUUAUUACAGCUCAAGUAAGAAAGGGUGAGAAAAUCUUUGGGUUUCUUCAAAAAAAAAAAAUUAAGCCCAAUUUCUCCCAAUAUUUGUCAGAUUUUAGGUCUAUUUACUAGUCCUUUUCCCUUCUGCAAUGAGCUAAAUGUACCUUUGAAAUGAAACUGAUUAUUAUUAUGUUUAAGAAAUAGUCAUCAAGUUCUUGUAUUGAAGACUUGACAUUUUUUCCUUUUCUUAA